UUUCCGAUUUUCAACGAAUGUACUUAAAGAACAAUAUGGCGGCUGUGGCAAAGUUUUCGCCGCCCGUAUGAGAAAUUCGCAUUCAUUCAAGAUUGAAGUUCACGAUAAACGCUAAGCGUAAUAAGCCUAUUUAGAUUACAUAGUUAACAUCGCGAGUGAAAAUUCGUUCGUGUCGUAACACGUCGAAACAGCCCGAUGCAGGUCGCGCGUAAUUCUCGUAGCUUAAAUCAUGACUUCGAUGCUGUCCAGCUUUAACCCGCCUAUCGUUAAGCGAUUGUUGGGUUGGAAAAAAGCAGAAGGAGAAGACAAAUGGAGUGAAAAAGCUGUUAAAAGUCUUGUAAAGAAGUUAAAAAAAUCCACCGGCCUCGACGAGCUCGAGAAGGCUAUUACUACGCAAAGUUGCAACACUAAGUGCAUUACUAUACCGAGGCCUAGCCCAGGCGGUGUCGGAGACAACGGUGUCCAAGGAGUGCGCGGCAAAGGUUUGCCGCACGUGAUCUAUUGCCGACUUUGGCGUUGGCCAGAUUUGCAAUCGCACCACGAACUGAGAGCAAUCGAGCAUUGCGAGUACGCGUUUACGCAGAAACGAGACGAAGUCUGCAUUAACCCGUACCACUAUCAACGAAUACAAACACCAGUUUUGCCAGCUAUUCUCGUACCUCGGCAUAAUUUAGCCGGGGACGAGUCCGUCCUUUAUAACACUUCCAUCGAGGAGCUCAGUGUCAGUGUGCCAGAAAACACGAGUUUCCACGCGACUUUAAAUCACCAGCACCAUAAUCAACAAAGUAUACCACAAUCGCCGCAACAGCAACAACAGCAACAACAACAACAGCCACCGAACAAUCCAUAUCAAGGAAUGCAGAGUAUGCAGGCAACAAGUCCGGCUAGUGUUGGUAGUCUAGGAAGUGUUCAGGGUUCACCACAUCCGGCACCUGGAUCUAUGGAUCCACCUGCUGAUACUCCUCCUCCAGGUUAUAUAAGUGAAGAUGGUGAUAACAUGGAUCACAACGAUAAUAUGUCCUUAUCGCGUUUGUCUCCCAGUCCUGUAGAUGCACAACCAGUGAUGUACUGUGAACCAGCAUUUUGGUGUUCAAUAAGUUACUAUGAACUAAAUACGAGAGUAGGCGAGACUUUUCAUGCAUCGCAACCGAGCAUAACGGUGGAUGGAUUCACUGAUCCCAGUAAUUCUGAACGUUUCUGUUUGGGUUUAUUAUCGAACGUAAACCGAAAUACCGUAGUCGAACAGACGAGACGACAUAUCGGAAAAGGAGCUAGAUUAUAUUAUAUUGGUGGUGAAGUAUUUGCCGAAUGUUUAUCCGAUUCGAGCAUUUUUGUGCAAAGUCCUAAUUGUAAUCAACGUUAUGGUUGGCAUCCAGCCACUGUUUGUAAAAUACCACCCGGUUGCAAUUUGAAGAUAUUCAACAAUCAAGAAUUUGCGGCAUUGUUAUCGCAAUCGGUUUCACAAGGAUUCGAAGCUGUGUAUCAAUUGACUCGAAUGUGUACGAUCAGAAUGAGUUUUGUAAAAGGUUGGGGAGCGGCAUAUCGUCGGCAAACCGUCACGUCGACUCCUUGUUGGAUCGAGUUGCAUUUAAAUGGUCCAUUACAGUGGCUCGAUAGAGUACUCACGCAGAUGGGAUCGCCGCGUUUACCCUGUUCCUCGAUGUCAUAAGACUUACCUUUUUUUACAUCGUAAGAUCAAGAGACAUGACAGUGACAACGAUGAUUCGUGAACUUACCAAUUACAAAUUUUUGACGAAUGAAUAAUGUUCCAACUGUAUGUUGCACUACCAAUUCUAGAAGAAUAUCGAAGAGAGGACAAGCUUGGGCAGUAGCUAUGGAAAAAAUAGUCUAAAAGACGCAAGAUUUCAAAUCAUAUUAUAUUGAUUAGAUAGUGUUUUAUUACAUAGCCUAAUGGCACGAAUAUGUUCGUCUUUUACGAGGAUAUUUUUUUUUAUUUUUAAUCAGCAUACAUCUAAUAUUUAAUUCAUGAGGAAAGAUUGAUAAUAUCGUAAAAAGUUAUUUAAAAUUAAUAUAUUUUCAAAUGCAAAGAACCGAGUAUUAAAUACACUUCGUGAAAGUCGAACACAAUAUCGUCGGGCAGCUCGAGUAAUCGAAUAGUAGUAAGAAAGAGGUGAAAAAGAAAAUAGCUGUUAAUUACAAAGAUAUAAGAUUCAUACCUCUCAGAAUUCAUAGUAAUUGGUACUGUCUCGCAUAAGAAAAAAUUAAAAUUUCUAAUCAUUGAUAUAAUAUUUAACAACCACUUGCCUCUCUGCCAGACUGCCAUUAGCGUAUUAAUUAAGGAAAUAUUUAACUAGGGGAAUCGAAGAACUCGUCCUCAUUUUUCUUCGUUGUCCUCGGAUUCCUACUCGUUCAUUUUAUGUUAGCAUAAGAUCAAAAUAUGUCUAUAAGGUGAAAGAAGAGACAGACCAUUAAGAAACGCGUUUUUAAUUCGCCGCCAAAGUAUAUUAAGUGUAGCAAUUGCCAAAGUUUUUUCUGUAAAUACAAGAAUGAGUCGAUUAGUUUACAGUAGUUGUGAUUCAAUCGUGCACGAAUUAUUAAAUUAUCAGCGCUGUCGUGCUUUCUUUCUUGAAAAUUCAUAAUUGUUAUUAUUGUUAUAAUCGUACUAUAUUGUUAUGUUUUUUCAUUUUGUAUGUUUAAUGUCUUGACCUGCCGAAAAAUCGAGCGGUCCGACGAUUAUGUAUUUUUAAUUCUAUAGCUACUUAUAUAUUUUGUGUGCUAAUAGCUCUGCAUGCACACAAAGGGAAGGAUCGACUAAAGAAUAAUUUCUACAAAACAAAUAUUUUUUUACAUAUUAAGACGACGUGAAAUUCUUUUACGUACGAUAUAUGUAUUUGACAAUUAUAAAUCGGUCGAUGUUUCCCUGGUGUGGAUGAGAUGAUUUUUGAGAAUACGAGUUAAAAGUAAGAAGUUGGAAGAACGAACGUAGGAAUGUAUGAAUGAGAUUGCGUCAAGAAAUAUAGAGUGUGAGACUGUAAAAUAAUUAUAAAUAAAUAUAUACGUUAUAAGUCUAA